CUGUCCUUUGUGCCGCAGCUUCAGGGCCUCCUGGUGGAGCUGCGUAAGGGGAUCCAAGCAGCUCUGACGGAGCUGAGUGAGCUGCGCCAGAAGGACCAGGAUCUGGAGGAGAAGCUCCAGGCCCAUCAGACAGACGUGGACGAUAAGAUAAUGGGCCUCAAGAACUCGCUCAACACAUUCAAGGAGGAGCUGAAUGGAGCAUUGUUCCACAUUAAGGAUGUGUCCAGCAGACAGAGGGGGGUGGAGAAGAGGAUGGAGCUGCUGCACACAGAGAACAACAGAGAAAUCACCUCAGUUCCACACAGCAGGAAGAGCUCCAGGGCCGACGUCCUGACGGCGCCGGGCGACGAACACAUCUGUGCGCACAGCCAGCUGGAGCUCAGCGUCUUUCAGCACUUUUUUUCCAGCCUUCCACAAAGCGAGUCCCCACAGAGGAGCACCACGUCGACACAAACAUCCUCCUCUGAGCCGUCCAAAUCUCCAGUCUGGGGAGAGAGGAGCAACGGCAGGGAGGAGACAGACAUCCCUGACAGUCAGACUGAAAACAAUAAGCGACAGAGAGCAGCCCUGGAGUUGCUGGAGUCUGAGAGAGUCUACGUGUCCCACUUGUCCCUGCUACUGAAGGCCAACAUCUCCUUUAACGGAUCAGAGGCUUUCACCUCCAAGGACAAACGCCCGUUUCCCAGUUCUUUAAGGUUUCUAAUCCAGCAGCACCUCGAGCUCCUUCACACGCUCCAGGAACGGGUGCUGAAGUGCCAGUGGCAAGGCAUCAUGGGAGACGUGUUCAUGAGGCUCACCAGCAAAGAAAGCGAUUUCCUGGACUUUUAUGUGUCGUAUCUGAAGGAGCUUCCGGACUGUCUGUCAGUUGUAACUAUGCUUGCUUCCAGCUCCAUGAAAUCUUCCGCCUUUGUGGAGAGUGAAAUAAUGGGCGAUGAAUCCAAGCCUUCCCUCCACACCCUGCUCCUACAGCCGGUUCAGAGGAUCCCAGAGUACCUGCUGCUGCUGCAAGGCCUGCUCAGGCAGACGGAUGCGGAGCACCCGGACUACUACCUGCUGCUGGUGUGCAUCCAGCAGUUCAGGUCCUUCACCACGCAGUACCACCACCUGCUCCAGCACAACCAGGAGCUCCUGCUGCUCAACCGCAAGGAGGCGAAGAGGUCUACCAUGAAACAGCUGUUAAAGACGGUGGAGAGCGGUAUCCAGGCCAACAGCAUCAGCUCGCCGUAUCCCGGAGGCAGCGCAGUGCUGGAGCACGCCAACAUGGUGAAGCGCAGAAAACAGUGUCUCUUGGAGCAGAUCCAGUCCCACCGUUUCCAGGACUGGGAUCAUGACCAGAAUCCCGAAAGCCACUGCUACGACUCAGACUGGCAGCCUCAGCAGUUCUUCGGCUCCGACCUGGACUCACGGACCCAGAAACAAACAGGUCUGGGCAGUAUCCCAGAGAGGGAGAUGUCAGAGAGGUCCUGCCAGCAUCACCUGCCCUCCAGACCCGCGGAGUUCCGCCAGGUUCAGCCCGGCUCGGCCCUGGCCGACGCUCUGGGAGAGUUCCUCCUUCCCCCGGACCCCCCGGGGAUGGAGAGCCUGUACGACGAGGACGAGGGCUCCCUGUUCGACCGCUGCUCGUCCGCCUCCUCGGACUCGUCCAUCGACAUCGCUUUCGUGAAGUGCCCCAAGCCCCCGUCGGCGCCGCACCGCGCCGUGGCGACCAACGUCGCCACCACCCGGGACGUGUUUGGCGGCGGCGGCGGCGGGAGCCAGGGGGGCAGCUACGGCAAGCUGGCCGGCAGGGGCUGCGCGUCGCCGGACGAGGCCGGCAUGAUGCGCCGCAACCUGCACCGGCCGCUGCAGGCCAGCCAGCGCAAGAGCAAGUCGCUGAACGGCCUGCAGAUGGAGAACACAGUGGGCGGGGUGGACGGCGAGCACCUCCAAAGGCCGGGACUGGGCAGCCACGCCAAGCUGGAGCGCCAGGGUAGUAAAGGCAGCAGAGGGUGCUCCACCCCAUCUCACAAGGUCCACAGCCCACUGGCAAACACUGACAAACAGAGCUCAGAUCUUCACGGGCUGCUCAAUAUUGACACCGGCCUCCAGUCGUGGGGGGACGAGUCAAAGUGGAGGAGCGGGACGGAGGAGAAUAACCACAGCCCGUUCAGCGAGAGGAGCCGCAAGGACAAGGGAGGCUUCAGGAGCUCAUUCAAGAAGCUCUUCAAGAAGAAGAGCGGGGAUGAAAGGAAGGACAAAGGAGGCGACAAAACACCAGAGAGUCAAAACAGUGAAAACGAGACAGCAGGGAAGAACGUCAAACUGGUCCAUCUGGAGAUAAACCGCGGCACGGCAGUAUGA